AUGACAGUCACCAAGCCCCUGCCCGACUCUGCCUUCUGGGCGGCCGCCGACUCCAAGCUGAUCCGCUACGGCGGACGAUGGUCCAAGGUCCGCGUCGUCCGCGCAAAGGGCACAUACCUGUAUGACGCCGUGAGUGGCCUUGCAUGCUCUACUGACUUCAGUGGCAACGAGGAGAUCGCUGAGGUCGUGUCGACCUACGUCCGCGAUCUGGACCAUCUCUUCAGCGCGAUGGUUACCGACCCAGUCCUCUCGCUCGCAGACAAGCUCACGGCCAUGCUCCCUGAGGGUCUGGACCGAUGCCUCUUCCUCUCGACCGGCAGCGAGGUCAACGAGCUCGCACUCAAGAUCGCCAAGACGUACACGGGUGGUUUCGAGAUCGUCUCGCUCAGCGCGGGGUACCUUGGUCGCCGAGGCCACGGUCCGCCCAUGCCCGGCCAGCUCGUCUUGCCCGUUCCCUACGCCUACCGCAGCCCCUUCCGCCGCGCCGACGGGAGCCACGACUGGGAGGCCGAGCUGGCAUGGGGCUGGUCCCUCGUCGAUGCGCAGAGCUGCGGUGCCCUCGCCGCUGUCAUCGUCGAGCCGAUCGUCUCGACGGGCGGGCUCAUCGAUCUGCCGCCUGGCUACUUGGCCGCUCUCAAGCGCGGAUGCGAGGAGCGCGGCAUGCUCCUCAUCGUCGACGAGGCGCAGACCGGGCUCGGCCGCACGGGCGCCAUGUUCGCGUUCGAGCGCGACGGCAUCGUCCCCGACAUUCUCACGCUGAGCAAGACGCUCGGCGCCGGUCUUCCCCUCGCGGCCACCAUCACGAGCAAAGCGAUCGAGGAGGAGUGCCACCGCAAGGGCCUCUUCUGGAUCACGACGCACAUGAACGAUCCCCUUGUUUGUGCCGUUGGCGCCAAGGUGUGCGACAUUAUCCAGCGCGACGACCUUCCCGCCGAGGCGAAGCGAAAGGGUGAGAUUCUGAGGGAGGGUCUGCUGGGUUUGCAGCGGAAGUAUCCCCAGAUUGGCGAUGUCAGGGGAAGGGGACUCAUGAUGGGCAUCGAGGUAGUCAAGGACCCGGAGACCAAGGAGCCGGCGGACGAGCUGGGCACAAAGGUUGCAGAGAAGGCGAUGGAGCUGGGCCUGAGCUGUAACAUUGUCCAGAUUAGGGGGCUUGGAGGUACCUUCCGCAUCGCGCCCCCGCUCACGGUCACCGACGAUGAGAUCAGGGAAGGCGUGGAUAUCCUCGACCAGGCUUUCGCCGCGUGCGUUUAG